AUAACGCGGGUUCCGUGCUUCUCAGGCCCCAUCUUUUGGGUCAUUCCCUGUGCUAGAAACAAACAGCCUAGUUGUAAGAAUCAGGAAAAGGUUGGGGAAAAUUGGGUCCUCUUCUCUAACUCCACUUGGCCCAUCACCGUGGCUCGUGUGGGUCCUUCCCGCACAACGGCAGACAUUUCUUCCGUGCGCUUCUGCAGAGAAUGGGGAGAUCCUCAUGGCACCCUCUCCAGCCUUCUCCCUCUCUGCCUUCCUUUCUGCUCAGCUGUUUGGAGAUGCAGUUCUCCGCUCACCACUGAUAUCAGCCAGGCCAUCAUGUGGCCAUGCUCCCACCACAUCCCCCAUCACUCAACUGAUGUGCGCGUGGAAAAUAACCUUUGACUUAAUCUAAGGAAAACAAAUGGUGGAAGACACAUCUGCUGGUGUUUAAAAAAAAAGAAAGAAAAGGGAAGAAAAAUAUAUAUGUGAGACAAAUUCCAAAAUAAGGGAAUUUUACUGACUAGUGAAUGCGUAGUCGUACAAGUGGCCCUCUUCUAGUAUUUCCUGCGUGCCUGACAUAGGAACAACAGGGCGAGUGGGUGCUGCCCACCUCCUCCCCUCGUUUGCAGGGUGAUUUCAGAGCCUUAUCUGUGCCUCCUAGAGGCCUGCAUUUGGAAGCUAGGAAGAGAGGACUGAGGCUGCAGUGGAACAAUCUGAUGGUUUGCGAGGAGGAGGAGAAACACAGAUGAGGAAGUAGCCUCUCUUCUCUGGAAGCCCAUGGAAUCCGCAUUUCAAAUCAAACUACUAUCUUCACACCCCUUCAUUUUGAACCUCGGGCAACCUUGGUUACUUUUAAGUAACAACACAGUUGAGAAGGAGGAGGCUCUGUCGGUGGUGAGCGACGACCAGUCCCUCUUUGACUCCGCGUACGGAGCGGCGGCCCACCUCCCCAAGGCCGACAUGACCGCCUCCGGGAGUCCCGACUACGGCCAGCCCCACAAGAUCAACCCCCUCCCCCCGCAGCAGGAGUGGAUGAAUCAGCCGGUGAGGGUCAAUGUCAAGCGGGAGUACGACCACAUGAACGGGUCCAGGGAGUCUCCGGUGGACUGCAGCGUUAGCAAAUGUGGCAAGCUGGUGGGCGGAGGCGAGUCCAACACCAUGAGCUACAACAGCUACGUGGACGAGAAGAACGGCCCCCCUCCCCCCAACAUGACCACCAACGAGAGGAGGGUCAUCGUCCCCGCAGACCCCACGCUGUGGACGCAGGAGCAUGUGCGGCAGUGGCUGGAGUGGGCGAUAAAGGAGUACGGCUUGAUGGAGAUCGACACGUCUUUCUUCCAGAACAUGGACGGCAAGGAAUUGUGUAAACUGAACAAGGAGGAUUUCCUCCGCGCCACCUCCCUCUACAACACGGAAGUGCUAUUGUCACACCUCAGCUACCUCAGGGAAAGUUCACUGUUGGCCUAUAACACAACCUCCCACACGGACCCAUCCCCACGGCUGAAUGUCAAAGAAGACCCUUCCUAUGACUCAGUCAGGAGAGGAGGAUGGGGCAGUAACAUGAAUUCUGGCCUCAACAAAAGUCCCCCCCUUGCAGGAGCACAAACAAUGAGUAAGAAUACUGAACAGCGGCCCCAACCAGAUCCCUAUCAGAUCCUGGGCCCAACCAGCAGUCGCCUAGCCAAUCCCGGGAGUGGGCAGAUCCAGCUGUGGCAGUUCCUGCUGGAGCUACUCUCGGACAGUGCCAAUGCCAGCUGCAUCACCUGGGAGGGGACCAACGGGGAGUUCAAAAUGACGGACCCCGACGAGGUGGCUAGGCGCUGGGGGGAGCGGAAGAGCAAACCCAACAUGAAUUACGACAAGCUGAGCCGCGCCCUCCGAUACUACUAUGAUAAAAACAUUAUGACCAAAGUACAUGGCAAGAGGUAUGCCUACAAAUUUGACUUCCACGGCAUCGCCCAGGCUCUGCAGCCACACCCCACCGAGUCGUCCAUGUACAAGUACCCCUCCGAUAUCUCCUACAUGCCUUCCUACCACGCCCACCAGCAGAAGGUGAACUUUGUCCCGCCCCACCCAUCGUCCAUGCCAGUCACGUCCUCCAGCUUCUUUGGAGCAGCGUCACAAUACUGGACCUCCCCCACGGGUGGCAUCUACCCCAACCCCAACGUCCCCCGCCAUCCCAACACCCACGUGCCCUCACACUUAGGCAGCUACUACUAGACGCUUCACCACCAGUGGCCUUCUCGCUGAAGUCCCCUCCCUCACACUUUGUUGGACAUACCUGGCCUUGAAGAGAAAACAAAACUGGAUGCUCUUUCUUGUUGGAUAGAACCUUUGUACCUGUUCUUUAAAAACAAUUCCUCUUUUUUUUCUUUUUUUUUUUUUUUUUAACGUUGGUAACUCCUGCUUCCUCUACUUUGAACAAAGAGAUGGAUAAUUCCGUGGGCCAGUAAGCAGCUUUGGAGUCUCAAUCUCCUGUCAGCCUACAAGUUGAAUAUCUAGAUUACUGGAAUGGUUGUGCCAUGGUUCUGGGAAAGAAGCUGUAGAUUUCUAUUUUUAGGACCAGAGCAGUUACGUAUCAACACACGGGUCUCCUCUUGGACCUUGAAGGGUUCAGUAUGAGAAAGAAUCAUGGACUUAACCAGUUAUGCUCUGGUUUGAGACUUAGUGAAAAGAGAGGCAGGAAGCUUAUCAUCUUAACUUAGGAAGAACUAACUCAGUGGAUGGCAACUGGAACAUUGGUUGUAAGGCCAGUGAAGUUUUCACCCAACUGGAAUUUAAGAGAAAGAACAAGUGUGUAUUUAAGAAGCCACGGGCAUUGCAGAAUCCCUCUCAGUGGGCAGUAAAUAAGCUCUAGGCUGACCAUGCUCUCUAGAAAGAGUCAAGAUAUGAACUAAGAAAUGUUCAUGCACACGCAGACAUUCCUGAAAGCCAGAGAAUUUUAAAUAACUUUUUUUUUUUAAAUGAUGACAGUGGGUCCCAGAACUUUGAAGAGUCCUAGGGAUUUCUAGACACAAGCAGAUUCGCAAGCGCUGUGCGCUUGUCAGAAAAUCAAUCCAGGGUCCACCAACCAGAAGGCAAUUUACUGUAUAAAUUAUGCAGAGUUAUUUUCCUAUAUAGCUCAGUAUUAAAAAUAAAUAAUUAAAAAGUGAAAAAGAGUAAAGAAACGAGUUGACCUCGGUCACAAAUACAAUGUUACUAUCAAAUCAGUCGUUAUUUUUUUUUUUUAAGUGUAAUUUGUACAUCUUUUGUCAAUCUGUACAUUUGGGCUGUUUGUACGUUUUUAUAGCUGGUUUUUAAGAAGCAUAAUGUGACUUACUGUGGAAAAAAGAACAGGACGUUGAAGUCACUGACUUACUGGGAAGAGAAUCACUGGUGUAGUUAUUUAACAAGUGAGCACAAGGAAGUCAAGGAAACCCCUGUAAACCGUCCCUGCCUUGGAGGUAUUUGUAAAUAACUGAACUGCAACAAUCACAACUUCAGAAAGAACAACCCAACUUUCCCUUGUGAAUAUGAGGCAUCUUCCGCCCCAAUAUAUGCAAUAUAUUUUUUAGAUAUUAAAAUAUAUAUAAUUUUGCAGGUAAUCAUUGACUUUUUUAAACUAUAUUGUUAAGCUGACAGCUGUCGACGGAGACUAUGUUGUAAAAUAAUUUGACUAAAUAAAUUGUGCCUUCUUCUCUCAGAA